UUAAGUUAUAAUUUUUUACUCAACUGUUUGUGAUCCUAUAAAUCUAAGAAGCGGUCAUGCAGUUACAAGUAGCAAAAGCAUAUAGUAUUAGUUAAAGAUAUUAAAAAUGUAAUUGUUCACUGGAUAGAAAAAUGAAGUACAUGUGUAUACUCCAAGAGAAUGUUGGUUCUUUUGAAUAUAGUACACAAUAGAUGAUUUUCUUUGUCAUUUGUGUAACUGAACCAAAUCUUCUAAAAAUUUCAAAACCGGUCAUAUUAUAACAAGUAAAACUCCAUCUGUUCCAUAUUACUUGAUGUUUUACUCUAAUGCACACAUAUUAAAACAAAAAACUAUUUUUUUUUAUCAAAAAUAUCAUUAAAUUACAAUUUGAAACUAGUUUAUUUAGUUAUAAAUAAAAAUAAUAAAAAAUUAAUUAGUUACACAAUUUUUAAUAAAGUUAAAGUUAUAUAGAUUUGUGUAAAUAUCAUACAUUAUGAAACAACAAAAUUUAUCUUAUUGAAACGUUGGGAGUAAUUCGGUUGGAUAGAAAAAUGAAGGACAUGUGUAUACUCAAGAGAAUAUUGUUGUUGGUUUACUUUGGAUAUACAAUAAACAAUUUGCUUUUUGUCAUUAGUGUAACCGAAACCAAUCAUCUACUCUACCAAUUAAAAUCUUCUUUAAUACGAGUAUAGUGGAGAGAAAAAAUAAAAUAUUGUAGAAGAAUUAAUUGGAAGGGAAGCGGAACGGACCCUGUUGGCACGUGAGAUGUAGAAGUGGAAGGAACCAAAAAGCCGUCAACGUAAAUCCCUCUGCCUAUAUAAACACACUAAAAGCCCACUUCUCUCCCCCGUUCACCUUUUCGCUUUCACUAAGUACACUUGGCCCCCCUCUCUCUCGAGAUCAAACCCUAGAUAGGACCCGCACAUUUGCUCUCAGGAGGGCUUGGGGACCAAAUCGGAGCUCCAAACUUCGCUCUCACUCUCUCUAAUUUCAGGUUAUAGCUAUUACCAUGGAUCCUGCUGCUGUUGCUCCUGUUGUUGACCCACCCGUUGUUGGGAGAGCAUUUGUGAUGCAGUACUACGAGGUUCUGCAUAAGCAUCCUCAGCAUCUGCACCGCUUCUAUCAUGAGAUCAGUAAGGUUGGGCGUGUGGGACAGGAUGGUGUCAUGCGUGACUUUUACACCUUGGAUGGUAUACGUGAGGAGCUUGACACACUGUCUUUUGGAAAUUUCGUAUCCGCUAAGAUAACCAGUUAUCAUACCCAAGAGUCUCACAACAGGGGUUUUGUCGUUUUGGUCACUGGCUGGUUCACUCUAAAAGAUGCGCUUAAAAGGAAAUUCACACAGACCUUUUUUCUUGCUCCCCAAGAAAAUGGGUACUUUGUUCUGAAUGACAUCCUCAGAUUUGACAAUGGACCCGAGGCCCUUGAUGGGGAUGGCUCUCUAACACCCUGUCCUGUUGCUGCUCCUACCGGAGGCACUCAGGGUUCUGAGCAAGCUGCAUUUGCUUCGGUGGAUUCUGUUUGUAAGGAAGUGUCUAAGCCCUUGAAUAGCAACAAUGCUUCAGUUGCUAAGGAGAGUAUUGUGGUACCUGACUCUGUCAAUGAAGAAGUUCCGCAUACUGAGAAAAAUUACAAAGAAGUUGCAGGUGACCCCAUGAAAGUUUCUGACCCAGAUAAUGAACAAGGAAAUGUUUCCAAGAAGAAAUCUUAUGCCUCCGUGGUUGCAAAGGAUAAAUCUGGAGUCUUAGCUGGCUCGUCACUGUCUCCAAAGCAGACACCUAAAGACCAGGAACAUCAAGUGACUUCAGAUGUUUCUACAGAGCAGAAAGUCCAAGAUCAAGGCCAUCAAGUGUCUUCAGAUCUUUCUCCAGUCGAAAAAUAUGAUGCAGUUUUUGAGGCUGUUGACGAUACAGAAUAUGGUCAUAAUCAGGGGUUUGACGCAGUAGCUGAGGGCACAUCUAUCUAUGUGAAACAUCUUCCUGGAAAUGCCACCAUUGACAUGCUUGAGAGUGAAUUCAAGAAAUUUGGAGCUAUUGGCAAUGGUGGCGUUCAAGUUGUAAGCCAAAAGGGCUUUGGUUAUCCUUUCGGGUUUGUUGAGUUCAAAGACGCAGAUGCCGCCCAGAAAGCAAUAGAGGCUUCACCUCUGAUGAUCGGUGGACAAAAAGCUUUCGUGGAAGAGAAGCGAUCUACAGCAAGAGGUAACAGGGGAAGGGGAUAUGGAAAUAGGAAUGUGGAAGGAAGUGGUGGAAAUGAAUACGGACACAGAGAUGUGAUAGGAGAUGGCGGAAACGGAUAUGGAAUAAGGAAUGAGGGAGGAAGGGGUGGAGGUGGACGUUAUGGACAUGGGAACUAUUACAAUAGGGGAAGAAGAGGAGGAGGAAGGUCUUUUAAUCGCAGAGGCGGCUAUGAAUACGUCGCCAGCAACAACUCUUACUAAACCGGAUUGGGCUUUUGUGGAGGGGGUAACAGGAUGAUCUAAUGAUAACCGAUUUUUGCAACGGAGACUAUACACGUCUCUAGUUGGCCUGAUAGUUGUUUCUCUCAGGUAUUAUAAUAUUAGGAGGCAAAAGAAAAAAUAAACAAUGAUUUGUCAGGAGGGUAUUAGUGUAAGAAAAAGUUUAUAAUUCGACCAUCUAUUGGGGAUUAUGUGUUGUUCUAACUAGUACUAAUGAAUGAAUGAAUGUUAUAUAAGCUUUAUC